AUGGUCAACACAGGGUUACAGCCUGUAUGCCUCUUUAUAGCCAUAUUUCCCAGUGCGCUAUGCGUCUUAAUUGUCUCUAUUCGCGUGUGGACCCGACUUAAGAAAAGACAGUAUGGUAUUGGUGAAGGACACGCUCCUAGUCAUUGCAACCCUUCUGAACGUCGUUCUGUCAUUCACAACAUGCGGAUGUGUCAUCGACCCUAUCUCGAUGAUGAAGGUUUGUGCCAACUUUCCACUCACUCGUAUGUCGCACACUCUAACUGUUACUUUGCGUCUUUCCUCUGGACACUCAUCAAGCUCCGCUCCCAAAACAUGUGGAUCAACCGCUCCCUCUGGGCUACACUGAUCUUGAACAUCUGCUUCGCCAUCGCCGCGCCCCUUGUUUGUACCUUCCAGUGUGAUCCAGUUGCAAAAUACUGGGACAACGCCAUCCCUGGAAAGUGUAUCGAUGCUGGCGCUUACACAGUUAGCACAUCGUCCAUUGUUCUCGCUACGGACGUCCUCAUCCUGAUCAUGCCGACGUGGAUCUUAUAUAAUCUCAAGAUGCCAUUCGCCCGCAAGUUGAUGGUGAUAGCGUUCCUAUCAUUUGGUGUUGCCGUCACCAUCGUUGGUGCGGUACGUACAAGCGUCUUAAUCAAUGUGUUCGUACUUGAAAAAGUCGGACAGGAUUCAACAUAUGAAGUGGGUUACACUCUAUCGAACAUCGAAUCCGGUCUCGCUAUUAUAGGAGUUUGUGGUCCAACAAUCAAAUACAUACUUGGCUGCUGUAUUCCAGCGCUCAGGGCUCCGGAAGAAACCAGCAACCAUAACUACGUGUAUCCACCCCACGGCGAUUCAGUUGGAGAGACUCGAUCCAGGCGGUAUAUCAAGAGCACAGGGCCCCACGAUGCAUUUGAAGAGCUAGACAAGGACCCCAGGAGUGCGCAACCUAUUGCACGGCGCAACACGAUUAGCGACGAACAUCUGAUGAUAACGAAGACAGUUGCAUGGCGAGUCGACAAUGCUCAGCCAGACUCGAACAGCACGUGUGAGCAGAAAAUCAACACGCCGCGUAACAUGGUAUAGCAUUGAAGGGGCCUUAGUUUUGGGUGUUGUGAAAAGUUAUCACGACUUUUUGAAUGAUAGCAUUGGAUGUUAAAGUCGAUUUGAAGAGGUCUGUACGUCAUGUCUUUUGUCGAUGGCGCGUGUAAAAAGCUGGAGACUCGCAAGACUUGUGAUGAAAGGAGUCACUUUGACGCAAGUUGUAGUGAAGGUUUAUGUCGGGCUAAGGCUGGCU